AUGCUCAAAAAUUCAAUUAUAGUAGACGUUUCUGGGAAACCUGGAAUUUCGGGUGUUUCGGGUUUUAGUGGGCAUUCAGGAAGUUGGGGAAGUAGUGGAAAUUCUGGUUCUUGGGGUUCUAGUGGUCAGAGAGGUGGUAAUGGUACCAAUGGUAGUCACGGAGGAAGAGCAACACAUGGUGAGCAUGGUACAAGUGGAACUAGUGCACAGAGCGCUGGUAAUAUUAAAGUGACAAUUGAAGGAGUUAACCACAAGUCCAUUGUUGUGAGUGGUACUGCUAAUGAAACAUUGUGUUUGGAUGAUGGAGCUGGAAAGGUUUUGGUCUUUUUGGCAAAUGGAGGAGAUGGUGGCGAUGGUGGUCAUGGUGGUAGUGGAGGAAGUGGUGGCAAUGGUGGAAGUGGUGGAAGCGGUGGUAGUGGAGGUAGUGGUAAAUCUGGUAAUAAAGGUUGUAAUGGAGGGGAUGGUGGAGAUGGUGGAGAUGGUGGAAAUGGUGGAAAUGGUGGAGAUGGUGCAGAUGGUGGAAAUGGAGCCAAUGGAGGAAAUGGAGGAAGUGGUGGAAGUGUAGUUAUUGAAACACAUAAUCCAGCCCUUUUAAAAUUUGUUCAAGCUGAAUGUAGGGCUGGUAGAAGAGGUUACGGAGGUGAUCCAGGAUGUGGUGGUAGUGGUGGUCAUGGCGGUAGUGGUGGCAGUGGAGGCAGUGGUGGUAGUGGUGGUUCUGCAGGGCAACCUGUUGAUAGUGAAAGUCUUAGCUCUGGAGAAAGAGGUUCAGAUGGUAGAAGUGGUCAAUCAGGUCAAAAUGGUCAAUCAGGAAGACAGGGUAUGGGAGGUCAAGACGGUCAAGAUGGCAUGCCUGGAAGUUUACUCUUCCGUGUCUAUGAUCCAAUAACUAAUAACAUUUUGGAUCAGGGUACAUCUGUAUUUGAUUUGUUUGUUACUUCUUUCCAACUCUUUGCAACUGAAGAUGAUGGAGUUUUUGAACCUGGUGAAACUGUAUUUGUAUCUGCUGUCACUUUAUCCAACCAAGGUGGUAUGAUUUUGCCAGUAGGAACAGUAAUUUCCUUCCCUAGUACUCAAGGUCAACAAUCUUUCCUCUCUGCAGAUACUUUUUAUGUUUUGGAUCAAGCUAUUCUUCCUGGAGGAAUUUUCACAAUACCAUUCCAAUUCUUUGGUACCAUCUCUGAUACACCAGAACCUAUGGGUGUUGGACCUUACAAGUCAAUUCUCCCAGUCCAAUCAUCUGCAACCCUUCUUACAUCACCAUUCCCAGGUGCCUUCCUUAAGAAUGACUACAUUAUUCAAUACCCAAUUCAAUUUGAGGCUAUUUUUGCUCCACCACAGUUGGGAAGAACAGAGAGAGGCACUGUUACUGUUACAUUUAAGAAUAUUUCCAUGAUGAAUUAUGGUUCUACUGUCGGCGAGAGACAACACUUGAAACUUAAUAUUGUAUUUGAUCCUAGAUUUAUUGUUCAUAAUGAGCCUGGUUUGAAUGGAGUAAAUGGAAUUGAAGAAGAUAUACCUUUUAUUCAAGCUGGUAUGACCUACUCUAGAAGUUUCCAAGUUGAAAUUAAUGAUAUUGCACAAUUCUUUGAAAUUAUUCCAUUCAAAGUUAGUCUUCAUCUUAGAGGAAAGAAAAUUGAAAACCUUGAAAGUAUGAUCCGUUUGACUCCAAAUUAUUUCCCUACUGUACCAGGUCAAAAUCCAUUCGAUGUAUUAUUCUUUACUGAUAAGCAAAUUCAAAGACCUGAGUUUUUAUGUUACAUCAAGAUAUUUGAAGGAUUGGGACUUAGUGUUAACAUUUGGGAUAUUGAGCGAUAUGGUGGAAUAUCCUAUGUGAGAGGAACAAAGGAUAGACAUCCUAUCACAUGGGUAAAUGGUGGAUUUGAAGGUAAACUCAUUGUUCAUCCAAUGUUCAAUCAAGGAGAUGAUCAAUAUAUGGAUUCUGCUGAUUUGUUACAAUUAUUGAGAGGACCAACUUGGAAAGAGGAGAAUACAAAGCCAACAGAAGGUGGUGUAAUUUUCAUUGGUAAUGUAGAUGCUGAAAAGUUCAAGACUAGACUUUUUGUGCCAUGCAAGGGUCAUGUCAUUCCUCAAACCGAACUAAAAGAAAUGUUCUUACUCUCAACCCCAGGUGAAAGUAACUUGGCUAGAAAGUGUACUGAUUACAUUCAAAAAACACUCUUGAAAAAGGCCCCAAGCAGAGUAUACACUUCACAUGCCCUCAAGUUCAAUCCUCAAAAGAGUGGAGCUCUCUCUAAAACAACCUUAGGCACUGCCAAAUAUAAGGAAUUACCAACAACAGUUUGCGAUUCCUUAUUCUUUAUCCCUUCAACAGGUGGUAAUUCUCAAAACUUUUUGGUUAUCGAUUCACAAAACAAUUUGACUUCCAACCAAUUUUUGGUAAGCUCAAACUUUGGUAGAUUGUUCAAUACUAUCAUAUUUUCACUUCCACUCGAAAGAAAGUUGAAACUUUUGAAACAACCAACUGAAUGGUUAAAGACUGCACUCUUUACUGAAGAAAGAGGUGCUGUUGUUAACUAUGUCCAUCCUAUCAUUUGGUCCCUUAAUUAUUACAUGCUCUUGGAAAUUAGCUAUAAGAAUGAAAUUGGAAGAUAUACAUCCGUCAUCUUGAAGGACUUUGAAACAAACAUUAACGAAUAUAAGAGUCAUCCACACUGCAAAGUUAUUGCUGAAACUCUCUACUUGGUCAUUACUAAAUACAGAAAGGAACUCAAGUGGAAAGGAAUGUUGUUCUCCAAGACGAAAGAGAAUAAGCAAGCUUUUGAAAAAUUCUGUUUGAAUUUUGAAAAGAUUUUGUUCUCAUUAUUACCUGACCCAGUUGCAACUCUCCAAAAGGAGGCACAAGAAAAGGUCAAAGUUAUGCCAAAGGAUACUUAUUCCUUCCACCUCAAAUUUGUUACAAGACCAAUCACUGAUCGUUUCCAUCGUGAUUUGGAAAAUGAACUCAACGAAGGUUUAUUUGCAUCAGCAAGCAAGGCAGUCACAAAGAACUUUAAUUCAGUCUCUGAAGAAGUUUCCAAUGUUGGUUCUGAUUGGUGGUAAAUAAGUUUGUAAUUGAAUUAAUCAACUGUUUCCAAACUUGUACUUUUUUCCCCCUUGUCCAAGCAAGGAAUGAAAAUCAGAACUGAUACUUCCUUAGAAUUCUCGCUAAAUAAAAUAUUAAUUAUUACUUGGUGUGCUUCUUGAUUUGUUGACAUGAUUGUUGCCGAGUGUGUGAAAUGGCCUUUUCCCUUUCGAUUAUUAUAUAUUUCCUUAAUAUUAAAAUCCACAAACAUAUCAUUGAGCUUAAUUUCUAGGAUUCUAUUCGAAUCAUAGCCAAAAUAUUUCGUCAAGGCCGCAUUCACAGAAUAAAUUUUUCCAUCCAGAGAGGCUGAAAUUGCAGCCAUUGGUAAAUGAUUAACAAUUCUUUGAAUCUUGUCAGUUCUCUCAUUAAAACACUCACAACAUGCUUCCCAAUCCUCCUUAAGCAUGGCCUUUUUCUGCUCUUUUUUUACGUGUUGAUUUCUGACUUUAUCCAAAACAUCCGCCACCUUUCCAUGAUUACCUAACCAAUUACAUGAAUUAACAACAACUGAUGCCAAAACACCAAUAGUUAUGGACGGUAAAAAAAUAAUCAGUAAGGCAAUCAAUAUCUCAAGCCACAAAAUUGAAUUAGAGUCCCAUCCAUUGACAGGUCGAAGAAUAAUCUUCCAUCUACAAUUAUAAACUGAAAUAUUCGCAUAAAUACUAUCAGAAAUGAUUGAAACAUUUCUUUCAAUCGUUGGUUCAAACUCUGAAUGUCCAUCCAAACUUUGUAAAAACACAGAAUUUCUAUAAUAAUCAAAUAAUUGAUAUUGAUAACCUUGUAAAAGUCCUGUAAAAUUAAUCGAAUUGAAUAAUUGGUCAACUCUACAGAGCUCGACAGCAAAUCCAAAAAAACUUCCAUUCAAAUAAAAUAUUGGAUGUUGAGCAAUGACAGCUACUCCACCCUCAAUUAGUGAAAUAGGUCCAAAAAUUGUAGUUUCGUUUUUUUGGAUGGCUUCAUUCAUGGCUGAUUUGUGAGUUGAUGAGUCAGCUCCCAUUUGUAAUCCAUAAACAGCAUCCACUGGAGGAUAGACAUAAUCCAGUGAUGCAUUUUCUCCAAUUGCAUAUUCGAAAUUGUAAACUUCAUGAUGUCCCCAAGCUAAUCUAGCCGAAAGUCCAUUAAACUUUUCCAAACUAAUUGAAUAAUUCCAAUUCUGCGCUUGAUCCCUCAUUACCAACAAUGAAUUAAAUGUUUUUGUAAGUUGUUUACCAAUAUUUCUCUCAGCAAGUUCCACUUUCUCAUAACCCAUCCUCCUAUUCGAAUCAAUCCGAUACACCUCCAAAUAAUAAACUACAAAUACAGUCAGUAUUGUCAAGACAAUCACCACCACACCUGCCACAACCACUCCACAACACGUUAUAUUAAACCUCUCUCGCUUUGUGAGAUUCCUAUAAAUUUCACUGGGUUGAUCUUUGGAUUCUGCUGCUUUUAAAUUUAGUAAACGAUCCUUAAAUUCUUUCGUUGAUUGUUGUUUUGAAUUGUUUUUUCUAUUCUUAUUGUUUUGGGGUGAUGAGGAAAAUAAAGCUUGUUGAGAGGAGGAAUUUGAUUUGUUGGAAAAUCUGCCACUUAUUCCAUCAUUUAAAUUAUUGUGAUCGGGUGAUGAUGUUAUUAAAUUAGAGGCAACACUACUUGUCGACUCGUUGAGAAUAUUUGUUGUUGUAAUGGGAGGUGAAUUGUAAUAAAAUUGUUGUUGAUGAUGAUUUCUAUUAUUCGAAUAAUGUUCGCCAUCAUUGUUGAAAUCCUGCAGAUAGAUAUCAUCAUGGUGUUGUUGCUGAUGUUUGGGUGAAUCUAGAGAAAGCAUGAUCUCAGAGUGUUUCUUCU